UAUGCAUUUGGGCCUCCACCGCGCCAGGCAAACCGAACUGCAUUCCAAUCCAGAGCCCAACUUUCAUAUUUAUUCCCCGGGAUUGCCACUCCUGGCACGAUCAAAGGUCGAUCUGGCGAUUCCCUAUUCACUACUUUUCCUUGAAAUCUUGACAAAAGCAGACGCUGUCCAGCUUUCCUGCAGGGAUUUGCAAGACGCGCCACGGUUACUGUCGCGUUCGUCUCGCGCAUACAUCGAUCGCAGCGUGACAAGAAGACACAGCCCAUAUAUCGAACCUCCCCAUUUGGUCUCAUUGGAGAGAAAGCCGGCUUGCAACCUUUGAAUGUGUUGAACCGAAUUAAUACCUGGCCUUUGCUUGUCGCUCAUAUUCCUCCGUUUUUAGGUUAUCCUGGGCGCUGGCCUGGGGUUAGGGUUCACUUUCACAGCUUCCUAGGCAAGCUCAGCAGCAUGCCACCAUGGCAGCCCCUACCACCUACGACGGGGUAGAAGGAAGGUACGAAGGGACUCUAUUUAAUGGAAUCAAGUUUUGGGUUGCACAGCGGGUGCCCAUUCGGAGUUCCAUCGUGGGUAAAAUCAAGGACAAUGGUGGCAAAGUUGUGCUGCUGGAGAAACACGCCGACGUGUUGAUUGCCGACCACGCCCGCAAGGACUGCCCCCUGCGGUCCGUAUCCUGGAAGUACAUUGAGGACUCUGUCGCCAAAGGGGAGCUCCUCAAUAUUGAGAACUAUCGCAUACAUGGCACCAUUGAACCCCGUCCAGCCGGGUCAACCAUGCCCGUAAAAGGUACUCGGGUGCCGUUCACCCAGCUAGACGAACAGAUACUCGUCACCUGGGUACGGCGGGCAGGGGUUGAUACCCUUGGCAACAAAAUCUACCAGAAGCUUGCCGAGCGGUACCCCCACCACACCUGGCAGUCGUGGCGGGAUAAAUGGGUCAAGAAGCUGUCCUUGCUUCCCGAAGAUCAGCUGCCGCCAGUUCUGGAGGAAUUACCGUCCCCCAAUCCACAGCCAGGUGGUGGCAUUCCAAGUAAUGCCACGCCCAGUGUUGCAGCCCUGCCAAUGGCUCCGGCGGCAACCCCUCAGCCCGAUGUCAAUCCCGCUCCUCCGCCCCGUUCGGACCCGGUGAAAAGGGGCAGGGCUGUUUUUACUGAAGAGGACGACAAGCUGCUUAUUGAAUAUGUGACGCAGCGCAUGCGGGCGGGAAUGUUGCCAGGCGGCAACGUGAUAUACCAGGAGCUGGAACGCGAGCAUCCCCAACAUACCGCGCAAUCAUAUCGCAGUCGGUUUUUGCGGUAUCUCUCAUCGAGGACACCCAACAAUAAGCCAAAUCAUCGGAUGACCGAAACCGAGCCUGAUAGCCCCUCGGUUCAGCCUGUACCAGCCAGCAAGCCGGCAACCGAGCCUCCUCAGCCACACACACGCCCAGCUGUUCCAACGACACCACCCGUCCCUCGAUCAGCAGCCAAGUCAACAACGACAAGCCUACCCCGGAACCAGGCAACCGUUGAUAAUCGUCCACCACCAUCAUCAUCACCAUCAUCAUCACCACCAUCGCCGCCGCCGCCACCGCCACCGCCUCAACUUAGCAUUACGAGAGCCGUCGCGCACGCAGAUAAUCAACGCUUGAAGAUACUGGAGGAACUAAGAUACAGAAAGCAACGAAUCCUGGCCGCUAGGAAGAUACAGCACGCCUGGAGAGCACAACGUCUGCGAAAGAAGCUGAGGGCUCUUCUUGCGAUCUCCAGAUUCCAAGCGAGAGCACAGGGUUUCUUGGUACGGCGCUUUCUUAGCAUACCGAUAGACCAGCCUGAAGGAUCAACAUCUCUCCUCCAAACGGAGCGGGUUUUUUCUCAAAAAGCGCCUGUGACGGACGAACGUGAGCCUGAGCAGGGCCAGGAAGGCAUUGAACCUUCCGCAUCCCAAGGCGAGGCGGAGUUUUCAAUCUUCCAGCAAGAGAACGAGAGCGAAGCUAUUCACACGAACGUAGGGGAAGACACGGCCCCCGGUCUCGGUACCAAAAUUACGCCCGUCUUGGCCCGCGAAGAGUUCUGGCGCAACUUCAAUGAGUACAACAUGCUCAACAACAUCACUUCCUCGCCAUGGGCGCAAGUAGGAAAUCACAUAGUGGAUUUCUGGGACCUCUGGCGGUGUGCUACCGCGGAGCCUGACCACGCAUCCCGCGACUGGGAGGUCAUCUCGGAGAACCUGGGCUUUGAUUGGAUUGCGGAACCGCAUGUGCCGGUGCAUUUGAAGGUUGCGUUUGAGAAGCAUUUGCUGGGGUUCGAGGAGGCGCUGAGGGAGUUUGAGCAGUGGGAGGAUAAGGAUGGGGAAGAAGAGGAGGAAGAGGGAGAGGGAGAGGGAGAGGGAGAGGGAGAGGGAGAGGAGGUCGGGGAGAAGGGAGGAUAUGGCGAAAGAAACGAGGCUCAGGAAGAGCAACGAGAUUGCUUGCCUCAAGAGUUUGAGGCGGGGUCUGCGGCCGAGCCAGACGACAAUACCGUGGCUGUUUCGCAGACAUCCGACGACUUUAUUUCCUCGCCUCCCCUUGUUGGCUUGAAACGAGCCAGAUUGCCGUCGACCUCGCCGUUCCACAGCUUAGUCAAGAAGCGCCCGCGAUACGACCAAAGCAGCGAGAUUCCCGAGACGCCAGAAACUCGUGCUGCACGAGCUGGACAAGGGACUGCUGGCGCAUGGGCGGCCGCCACCAACCAGCAGACCCCUACCCGACCGCCUCGUCGUCCGGAGCCGGCAAGGCAACGGAUCGAGCUGGAAACGCAGCUUCCCCCACCGCCAGGGCAAAUCGAAGGGGCCGAUGGCAGCGGCCCUCCCACUCCGUCACGACAGCUGCUCUCCGAUGUUGGAGCAGCCUCUUCCCCCGUGCGGCCACCUCGAACCGCCUCGGCAGCCGUAUCCUCGGCCGAACCCCGCCUCCCGUCCAUUGAGUACGAUGAAGAGGAAGACUCCGAUUCCAGCGACGCUUUCGAGUCAAUCAGCAAUCUCCCCGUCGCCGUCGGGCGCUCAAGGCCCCUGGCCAACAGUGGCGGGAGGCCCCCCCCUCGAUCAUUACCGUGGCCGAGAGACCGGGGGGGCGACAGGGGCAAACAAGCAGCCACCAUGCCCGCCAACACCUCGUCGCCACACCCCUGGCCCGCAGCCGCGGCAACAACCAAUAUCCGGAUCCUUCCUCCCUCUUCCUCCACGGCGGGACGCACCUCCAGCCUGACCCCUCAAUCCGUUCGUAGGAGGACCCCGAUCAACCCAGCCCCGAUCAUGAACCACUUCCUUUCACAGCGGAAAUACCCGCCCCAGCUCAUUGCGCGCGCCAUCAAGGCCACGACGUGCCAGUUCGCCAACGCGGGCGCCGUGCUCGACAGCCUCGCGCGAGGCAAGGGGAUCCCGACCAACCUUCCCGGGGUGUGGACAGAGGAGGAGGACGCGGCACUAAGGGGGAUCGAGGACUGGAUGGAUGCGCUGCGCGGGAGGAUGCCUCCUCCUCCUCCUCGCCUUUCUGCGGCCGAUGCAGCUGACAGUCAGGGCCAGCCAGGUGGUGGUAGAGAGGACAGGGUGUUUUGGCGGUUGGUGAUCAAGCAUGGGAGGGAAAGGGUCUUUGGGAGGAGGGAGUUCUUGAAGGUUUGGGAGAGGGCCUAGAACGAAAUAUGUCAAGUCACACUGGGUUUGAUGUCGGGGUCGGAUUUUGUCUUUUUUCUUCGUGUUUUCUUCUCUGCGCAUCAGGUAGAUGGGAAGUUGCGUGACUCAGGGGACAGAGGGUAAGUCGUGGUUGUUGGAUCAGGCUUUCAUCAUUGAGCUCGGGACGGGGACUGGUGUACAGCAUACGUAGCUAUUCGGGUGCGGAAUUUCGCAGGUUGCCAAUCUAGCGAGCUGGUAUGAUUACCCACGG